AUGUCGGACGUGCGCGCUUUCGCCAAGCGCAUCAACAAGAACAUGACGCCAGGCGAGGUGCGGAGCGAGGUCUCUUCCAUCUCGGAAUCGCAACGCCAAUCCGUCAUGAUGCAAAAGACCGCCGCUAGCCCUGCGCCGGCAUCCGAUGACCGCUCGUCAACAUCGGGUUCCAUCAUGUCGAGCGGAUCCACGCCGUCGUCCGUUGCGGCGAGCACCACCGCGUCUGCGUUCAGCACAAACCCGCUUGCAGCGAGCUCGACCACCUCCUCGAGCCUCGUCGAGGUGAACUUUGAAGGGAUUUUGGCGCAACGACAAAAGGAGGUGGACGCUGACAAGCUCAAGUCCAUCCUGGUCGUUCCCAGCGACGACAUUGUCGUCGAAACACGCCCGCGCGAGUUCCGCACCGUGCACUCGCCCGUGCCUGCUGGCUACGACGAGAAGGCCGCCGACCCGGUGCUGGUGGCGUGCGUCAACUCGUACGUGUCAGACUGGAAUGUUGUCAACUUCCAGAACGCCUUCAACUCGCGCCGCACCGAGCGAGCGGACGAGGGUAGUGUGGUGCUGGCCGAGCGCACGUUCGAGGUGGACGAGCGCGACAAGAUCUCAUCGGCACCCAGCAGCACUGGACCUGCGACAUCCGGCAACAGUGGCGCGUCGACGCCAACGCUCUCGCUGACGGACGACAUGGACGCCAUCCUUCGUGCAGGACGCUCCUCCUCGCCCGCCGUUUCCAACAGCUCGCCCAGGCCAGGUGAUCGCAACAGCAAGGUCAACAACUCGGCUGACAUUAUUCGCGCAGAGUUUGCUCGGCUCGAGUCAGACGGCACGCAGCCCGAGCUGCUCAAGUACACGGUCGGCGAAACGGACAAGCAAAACACGCGCGCUCGCCAGCUGGACCGCAACCGACUGUUUGUCGUCCAGCAAGAGCUGGAUCCCCAACUCGAGCGCUCGCGUUACAGCGGCGAUCGCCCAGAGGCCGAGCCCUUCUACGAGCGCUUUGGCACGCGCUUCGUCGUCACCCCCAAGGAGCUCUCCUUCAAGCUGGAGGAUAUUGAGCCGUUCUUUGUUUCCAUUGCGCUGUACGAUGCACAGGAGCGCCGCAAGAUUUCCGAAACCUUCCACUUUGAACUGAGCAAGGACGAGGUCAAGUCGCUCGUCCCUGCCUUUGCCGGUCCGCGUGAACCCACGGCGGAGGCGCGCAAGGCCCUGUUCUCGGUGACUGCGCCGCACCAGGACAUUUACCUUGUCGUCCGAAUCGAAAAGAUUCUGCAGGGCGACAUCAACGAGACCAGCGAGCCCUACAUUACCAUCAGUGACAAGAACACGCUGAAAGCCAAACAAAGCGUGCAGGACGAUGCCAAGCGCCUCGGCGCCUACCGCAUGCCCUGGGCGUGGUCGGCAACGCCGCUGUUCAACUCCAAGGGCGAGCUGGACGCUGCCGAGGACCUGGCCAUUCGCCUCCUCUUCCGCCAAGAAGGCGACAAGCUCUCCGAGGACGAUCUCUUCCGCUACCUGGUCGAGUUCCGCAAGGGAACCGUUCAAAAGAAGCUCAAGGCCAUCCCUGGCAGCAUCAUCUUCACCGCAGCCACCGUGGAUGACCUGCCGCCGUCCGUUCUGACCACGUCGCUCAUUGCCGUCGCGCCAAUGUUCAAGCUGAACGCCGCCGAGCUCAUCCGAGAGGUUGAAGAGUUCCCCGUGCAUCCUGCACUGGUCGCCAACGCCACGUACACGCACCACCUCUACGUCUACCCGUCGUCACUCAACUUUAACAACCGAGGCGCCACCGUCAAGGCGCGCAACCUUGCUUGCAAAGUCGAGCUGUAUGCGUCCGAUUCGAUGACAGCGACGCCGCUCAAGUGCAUCUAUGGCAAGCCGCCCGGCCCUGCCCUGGUGACGAGCUCAACCACGGCCGUCACCUACCACAACAAGUCGCCUGAUUGGUAUGAGGAAAUCAAGGUUUCCCUUCCAACAAAGCUGACCGAACACCACCACCUCCUGUUCUCGUUCUACCACGUCAGCUGCCAGCCGCCGAAAAAGCCAGGCACGGUCGAGCCGGUCGACACGUUGGUCGGCCAGGCGUUCUUGCCCCUGCUGCGCCUCGACGGCCGCAUCAACGUCUGUGUCGAGUCAAUCAUACCCGUUGCCGCGACGCUUGCUCCAAACUACCUCGCCGAUUCGCCCGACAUCAAGUGGGUCGAUGGCAAGCGCACCCUGUUCAAGCUGUCCACGCGCCUCGUCUCGACCGUUUCGACCCAAUCCAACGAGCUCCAUAGCUUCUUGGCCCUGUCGCGUCAGCCCGCUGUCGCUGAUGAGGCCGUGUUGACAAGCGUCAAGCAGCUCCUCAAGGCGACCGAUGCCGAUGUCGUGCAGUUCACCUCUGUUCUUCUCACGCAGCUGUUUUCCAUUCUUGUUCGGCCGACCGCGUCCGAAAAUCUCUCCCGAGAAACUUUCCGCGCCCUGGUGCAUAUUGUCAAUGUGAGCCACAAGGACGCGGUUGGUCUCACUCGCAACCCCACCCUGCACUCGUUUGUGCAGUUUAUGUUUGAGAAUCCCACCAACACCAAAAAGUACGUCUUUGACGAGAUCAUUCGCCUCUGGAUUACAUUCAUCAAGGAGAACGAGCCCAGCAUGACGGACCUGCUCAAGCAUGCGUGGUUCUUCUUUGAGCAUGCGUGGUUCUUCUUUGACGUUGUCGUCAAGAGCAUGGUGCAGUUCCUUGCGUCGCAAAAGGCGCUGAGCAAGCCACGCGCAGACCGACUGCCCGCAGCUCUGUCGAAUAACAUUCGCGCAUUGCUGGAGCUGCUCACAUUCGAGAUUCAAAAGCGCUCCAAGUCGGGUCACACGAUUGGCAAGCGCCUCAACCAGUCUGUUGCCUACUUUUUGCGCGAUGCCCUUGCCUUCUACGACCGUGGCUUCAUCCUGUCGCUUGUGCAGCGUCACUUGAAUGAGACUGCUCCGAACGAUGCCGAGGUGCUGCUCGAGUUCAAGCUCGAGUUUAUCCGCAUCCUGUGCAACUAUGAGCAUUAUGUUGCGCUCAACUUGCCGCUCAUGCCCAAGGCGUACAACGAGCGCAUGCUGAUGCUCACGGAAGAGUACCGCGAGCGUCAUAUUCUGAGCGGCAUUCUGCUCAACGAGUUGUCCCUCAUGCUCGAGCACACGGAAAAGACGCUCCGAAAGCGCGCAAUCACCACUGUGCGAGACCUGUUGGCCAAGCUGGACUCAGACGAACGGUAUGCCGAUGCCGAGUGCCGUGCCCGUAUCGCGGCUUUGCACUUCCCGCUCAUUCAUAUCGUUCUCGAGAACGUCAAGCGCCUAGCCACGUCCGACAACAUUGUGGAUCGCGAAGGUGUCGCCGAUGGCACUGCGACGGUUCGCACCUUGACGGAGGCCCAAGCCAAGGAGUUGAAGGACGGCGGUACCAUCCGUGGAACAAACAAUGCAACCAUGUCGGUGGUCACUGGCGGAACGUUUGGCGUUGCGGCUGGGUCGGCUGCAGUCCCGAGCGACGUGCUCGACUUUGAGGAGACGCGUGAUCUCUUGGUGUGCUUCUUGCACAUCCUGCGCGAUGCGAAUCCUGAGUUGGUCCGCUUCUGGUGGAAGUGCAACAAAGACUUCCCGAAUCGCAUCCUCUCGUUCUUUGAAGUGCUUGAAAAGUCUGUUUGCGUGUUUGAGUACGUUGGCAAGCGUCGUCUUGGGCUUCGUGCGAGCAGCACCCCGACGACCGUUGGUGCCUCGGACGCCAAACGUAUGCUCGAAGAGACCUACUCGUCUCUUUCGUCGCGUUCGGUGCAACAACGCAGUGUCCGAAGCCGCCCACAGAUCGACAACCCAACACUGAGCCCCGGUCCCCAACGCGACAACUCGCUGCGUCGUUUCGGGCAGUCAAUGCAGUCCAAGCGGAUUGCCUCCGAUUACAAGCUUGCCCGCGAUGUCGAACGAGAUGCUCGUGUCGAGGGCAACUUGUCAUGCGAGGUCUGUCUCACUGUGCUCGAUGUUGCCGAGGACUUUGUGUUGAGCUCGCUGGACGGCUCUGGAGGCGACGACAACUCGAGCGAGAUCUCGGAGGUGGUCUUCAAGUUGCUCAUGGCCUUCCUGCGCACGAAUCAAGAUCGUGCCAUGUACUUGCACAUCUUUGCUUCCUUGCGCUCCUUCCUCUUCAAGUUCCCCGAGCUCUUCUUCCAAGGAGUGACUGAUUUCUGUGCAGAGCUCGUUGGCGAGGUGCUCAAGCUGUGCAAUUCCCAGUUUGCAGCAACGCGCACCCAGGCGACUGCCUUCCUCUAUCUGAUGAUGAAGAAGAACUAUCAGUUCACCAGCAAUACCUUUUCGCGCGUGAAGGUGCAAGCCACUAUCGCUCUCUCGCGCCUUGUUGGCAGUGGCAUCAAGAUCAACGACGUCUUCUUGCAACGCGCCCUUGCUACCUGUGGCGAGUAUGCCGCCCAGGAUAAAGAGAUGACUGCGUCGACCUUUGCCGAGCAGGUCAAGGACCUUUCUGCUCGCUUGUACACGAUUUUGCGCGACACGGUCAAGAUGAAGAUGCACGAGAAGGACAGCGACAUGCUGAUCGAUUUGCAGUACCGUCUGGCGAAAGGCUACGCCAACUCGCCCGAUCUCCGUGUGACCUGGCUGGAAAACAUGGCCAACUUCCACUUUGAGAAGAAGAAUUGGGCUGAAGCCGCGCAGUGCUACAUUCACACUGCCGCUCUUGUGUCGGAGUACAUGCACAUGAUCGAGUACAAGAAAGGCAUGCCGGCGGGAUGCGCGGCCUUCCAGGGCGUGUCGCCAAACAUUGCCGAGGAGACAGCCGUCUCGGAAGAUGCUCAGUCGGCCGACGAGGAGGGCAUUUGCGAGUCCAAGUCCUUCUCGGAGGCAGGCCUGGUGGCGUUGCUCGAAAAGUCCAUCUCCUUCCUCAAGAAGGCCGAGUAUUACGAGACUGUGAACGAAAUGUACAAACUCCUGUUGCCCAUCUUGGAGAAGAACCGCUCAUUCGAGAAGCUCGCUGAACAUCACGGAAAACUCCAAGACAUUUUCCAGCUGAUUGUUGGCGUUAUGCAGUCUGGCAAGCGCAUUCUCGGCUCGUACUACCGUGUGGGAUUCUACGGCGAAAAGUUUGGCGAGCAGAACGGCAAAGAGUAUAUUUACAAGGAGCCCAAGAUCACUCCUUUGGCUGAAAUCAGCUUGCGCCUGCAGACCGUGUACAAGGAACGCUUUGGAGAGCGAAACUUUGAGCUCAUCACCGACUCGGUCGAUGUCGAUGUUUCAAAGCUGGAUCCUCUCAAGGCGUACAUUCAGCUGACCUACGUGGAGCCCUACUUUACCGAGUACGAGUUGAAGGAACGCGUGACGUCCUUUGAGCGCAGCAACAACAUCAACAGGUUCAUCUAUGACACUCCUUUCACCGAGAGCGGCAAAGCGCGUGGCUCGAUCGAGGAUCAGCGAAAGCGCAAAACCAUCCUGACAACCGAGGCCUUCUUCCCGUACUUGAAGAAGCGACUGUUGAUUGUCGACCGUCAAACGGUGGUGCUCACGCCGAUCGAGGUGGCAAUCGAAGAGAUUCAGUCCAAGACAAUGGAGCUGGCCAACACUGUGCAGACAAAACCCCCGAAUCUCAAGAUGCUUCAGCUGCAGCUCCAAGGCUCUGUUUCCGUCACGGUCAACAGUGGCCCGCUGGAAAUGGCCAAUGUUUUCCUCGGUCGUCUUGUGAAGGACAUGCCCACCAAGCACGUUCGUCGUCUCAAGCAGCAAUUCCGCGAGUUCAUCAAGUAUUGCGGACAAGCACUUAACAUGAAUGCUGAGCUCAUCAAGCCCGACCAAGUCGAGUACCAAAAGGACUUGGCAGCGAAAUACAAGGAUCUCAAGGCCAAACUUGCCCCAUUCCUGGUUGUUGAUAAAGCCGCACAUCAAAACUCGAAUCCCGAUGGCGACUCGCUCGAUGAUUCUACCGAGCCGUCCCUUGGGCAGAUCAACAAAGUCUUGGAGAUUAUUGGCAGCAAAACACCUGAUGCAAGUCGGCUGCUGUCACCGUCGGGUCGUACGCCAGUGUAA